CAACGAACGAACACAAACAAGACAACAGAAGAGACGAGAGACAAACACAACUGCCAUCUCAACAGCCCCUUCACAUCCAUCAUGCGACGUGGUGUGCCUGCGUUGUGGAGCAGCCUUGUUGUUGGGCGAGAUGCUGGACGUGCACGUGCUCGGGGAAGACGCCACUUUCACGGGCACACACAGCUCACAGCGGCAGCAAGAACAACAGCAGCAGCAAGAACAACAGCAGGAUCACUGGAAGGAGCAGCAACAACAUGCGCAAUAACCACCUCCAGCAAACACGCAUUGCCCGUCACUUCUGCGUGUCGUGUGUGUGCACUGAGAUCCACCCGGCGGCAUCUGCAAGAGCUUGGCAAGCUCGCGCCUCCACGGCCGAAUGACAAGCCAUACAAGGCGGGCCAGUUCUUCGUGCAUGAGCAGCUCGGCUAUCGCGGCGUGAUUACUGCGGUGUGGAAGGCCGACACCAUCAUCUAUGACUGCGGCCAGCUCCGCAGUGUUGUGCUUCCCCGGAACGAGCUGUCUGCGCUCGGCGUGCAUGUCAACAACGCCACACCUGCUUCCGCUACGCCGCCAACACCAAGCCAAGGCAGCGACGGCAGCGACGACAGCAACUCUGCGGACGGAAACACAGGGCGCACGCAGAGCCCGAUGGCAGACAAACCGCCGGACGUGCUUUCGUCCAAACACAAAGGCACCGACACGGUGGCCCGUCUUGGGUUGGGCCGCAACGCCAAGGCCAUCAUGAGGGCCUACGACAUCACGGCUGACGCCUCACAUAGGAAACCGUCUUCCUCAACCAAGAAACAAGGGAAGGUCGCAGCCGACCAAGAGAAGGCUGCAUCUGAACAGCAACAACAACAACAGCAGCAGCAGCAGGAUGCGGGUAGCGAGUCCACACAUGCAUCAGAUCAACCCCUUCAACGAGGGCAACAGACCAUCGUCGUGCCAAACUCUACCGCGGUCAAGGCGUGUGAUGGCCGGACCGACCUGUUUGGGUUUGUGCAGGAGAGCUGGGAUCUGACGGACGUGAACAUGCGCGUGCUUCCCGCGCUUGAUGGCGACAUUAUUCGCUUCUCCACUCCGUUUCGCUUCGAGCGCCAGUACUGGUAUCAGGUGAUGGUUGAUCGACAAGACUUUGCGCAGGAUACGCGGACGAACAUUGCGUGCCGCACACCCAUCAUGUCCAACCCAGCCAUCGAGUACGUGGACUACGUUGCCCACAAGGACAUCAUGCCAUAUGAGCCCAGCGACCCCCAGUUUGACAACAACUACAUCAACCUCCUCUUCAAGCCCGAGGUGCACGCGAGCGGCGAUGAUGACGCCGUUGCGGUGGCGCGGCCGGUCCAUGAGCGCUGGGCCGAGCGCGUGGAGGGAGAGCUGUCACAGAACGUCGUGUACGAACUCUCGUUUGGUGACUUUACCAUCAAGGCCAUCCCCUUCUACGCAGCGCGCGGCAGGCACAGCCACAACUGGUUCUACAAGAUCCUGAUUGAGUCGCACUCGUCCAUGCCGUUGAAUUUAAUUCAGCGUACGUGGAUAACGCAAGAUUCCCAGGGGCACCUGGAGACGGUCACUGGCCGCGGCGUCGUUGGCUUUGAGCCGUCGUUCAACGAAGAGUCGACCUUCUUCUCGUACUCGAGCAAAACGUAUCUGGACUCGGAGCAAGGCAAGAUGGGAGGCUUUUUCACCUUCUUGCAUCAGGACGACGAGGAUGGACGUUUGUUCCACGUGCCCGUGCCCACGUUUGAGCUUGUGGCGCCUUCAUCGCGAGAGUCCUCCCUCAUCGAAACCAUCAAGCGUGUCUACUCUUGACGUUGCCGGUGUUGUUGGAGAUGUGUGUCUACGUGUGUGUGUGUGUGUGUGUGUGUGUCUACGUGUGUGUGUGUG